GAGAAGCGGAAGCGUCAGACGGAGAUCGAGAACAAAAGGCGGCAGCUGGAGGAUGACAGGAGGCAGCUGCAGCAUCUCAAGUCCAAGGCUCUGCGGGAGAGAUGGCUCCUGGAGGGAGCCCCGGCUUCUGCCUCCGAGGAGGAAGAGGCCAUGAAGAAACAGAUGCAGGAGGACGAGGUGAAGACCAAGGAGCUGGAGGAAACCAUCCAGAGGCUGGAGAAGGAGCUGGAGAUGCUGGAGAACAGCAGCUCAGUGGCCUCGACCAAGGAGAACCUGGCAGAGGCAGCAGCCAAGGAGGAGAAGAAGGCUGAGGCUGUCCCCAACACGCAGAAGAGUCCCCUGGGCACAGUUAAGGCUGACAAGAGGCUCUCCAGCAGCCCCAUGAAGGCAGUGGAAGGCAGUGAGAUGAUGAAGGCGGCCAUGUACUCGGUGGAGAUCACCGUGGAGAAGGACCGAGUGACUGGGGAGACCAAGGUCCUGUCCAGCACCACCAUGCUGCCCCAGAACCACUGCGUGCAGGGCGUCAAGGUGUACGAGGACGAGCUGAAAGUGGUGCACGCGGUGAGCGCCGAGGACUGGGCUGUGCUGAUGGCCAGAGCCACCUGGGGCACCUGCAGGGCCUGCUCUGCUCCUCCUGGGCUCAGCUUGGAGCCCUCACUGUGCCAGCUGAGGGGGCUGAACUGUGCCCAUGCCCCCCUGGGGCAAUGCCAGUGAGGGAAGGGCAUUGAGGGCAGCAUCCAUCCCUCGCUGGUACUCGGUCAGGGCCACCUGGGGCUCCUGCAGGCUCAGCCCAGCCUGUCCCCAUCUCCUCCUGGGCUCAUCUCCACAUCUUGGAGCCCUCACUGUGCCAGCUGAGGGGGCUGAACUGUGCCCAUGUCCCACCAUAGGCAGUGCCAGUGAGGGAAGGGCAUGGAGGGCAUCAUCCAUCCCUCGCUGGCACUGGGCUGUGCUGAUGGCCUGGGGCUCCUGCAGGGUCAGUCCAGGCCUGCCCUGCUCCUCCCGGCACAUCCUGGAGCCCUCACUGUGCCAGCUGAGGGGGCUGAAUUGUACCCGUGUCCCCCUGGGGCAGUGCCAGCGAGUGAGGGGCAACUUGGGGGGCUCAGCCCUGUGGGGCAGGAAUGGGCUGGGGGUCCUGUGGUUCCUCGUGGCAGCAGCAGUGUGGCCCAGCAUCCUGUUCCCUUCUUGUCUCUGCCACGUUCUGGGCUCCUGGGCUGCAGCUUUGGGGUCCCCAGGGUGGGGGGCAGCCCAGCUCACCCCAAAUUCGGGCACUGGGAGCUGCCAGGGGUGUGGUGUCCCACAGAGGGGCAGCCUGACCCUGCACCCCAGCCCUUCAGUGGGGAUUCCACCACCAGCACCAGCGUUUCCUCCCCACUGAGACCAGCUGGGGCAGGCAGGGGGAGCCCCCCAUGGUCCCCAGUGUCCACAUCAGCUGCCCAUGAGCUCCCCAGGAGCUUUGGGCAGGGUGAGGGAUCCUUUUCCAAGAGUGAGAGGGUUCCUUCUGCCAUGGGGGUCGCCCAAAAUGUGUGUGGGGCAGAAUCCAAGCUGCCCAGCCCACCAGGACACUGCUGGUCCAGCAGCCAAGGAUGGGGCUCAGCUCCCCCAAGGAUGGGCCUUUCCUUCCCCCACACUCCCCCUGUGUGAGCAGUGCCACCCCCUGUCCCCACGCCACCCCUGGUGCCCUCCAGGUGCCACCCAGGCUGCAGAUUUGUCGCCAUUGGAGUCACUGUGCUGAGCCCCAACCUGGCACCCACAGCCCCUGGGAGAGGCAGG